UGUCGGAAUCCUCUUUUGGUGUUGGUGCUGCCGUUUUGCCUUUUGAUGGGAGGGAUUACUCGUGUUUGUUUAUUCGAAGGCAUGUUAACAAUAUGGUGGAAACCACGUUUUCAGCUCCGCUGAUUAUUGAUUCCUCUCAUCUUUUGGUUCGCCGCUUCGAUUCUCGUUCUUCUGUUGUCCCUGCAGCUUGUGUUGAUUGUUUUUGUGCCCAUAUUUUCGAUUUCAGUGAUGAUUUUCUUGCCGGUGAUCUCGCGAGUGCAUCUGCGUUUCCCGAUCACCGUGUUGUUGAAUCGCCCCCGGCUUCUCGCUACCGUAAUUUCGCUUCACAAUUUUCAUUCUUCCCUGAACAGUGGGAUGCAUUUUCGCAAACGGCCCCUACGAUGUCGCUCGAUAUCUCUGGCUCUUCGUUACGAGAUCUGUGCUCUGUUUCUUGUUGUACGGACGAUUUGCCGGCGUUCUCUUCCUUGCUUUUGCAAAGUGUAAGCGUUACCGAUUUCAGGGAACUCAUGGUUGAACAUUAUUAUGCUCCCGCGCGGGAGCCGAUUCUAGUUUCCGAUUUUUCAGUUCAGCGGGUGAGUGAGAUUGUGCGCAGACGCGAGGAACGGACGGACGAGGAUUUGUUGGGUGAGGCGGAGCAGGCUGGAGUGGCGGAAUCCCGUUUUGGCGUUGGUGCUGCCGUUUUGCCUUUUGAUGGGAGGGAUUACUCGUGUUUGUUUAUUCGAAGGCAUGUUAACAAAAUGGUGGAAACCACGUUUUCAGCUCCGCUGAUUAUUGAUUCCUCUCAUCUUUUGGUUCGCCGCUUCGAUUCUCGUUCUUCUGUUGUCCCUGCAGCUUGUGUUGAUUGUUUUUGUGCCCAUAUUUUCGAUUUCGGUGAUGAUUUUCUUGCCGGUGAUCUCGCGAGUGCAUCUGCGUUUCCCGAUCACCGUGUUGUUGAAUCGCCCCCGGCUUCUCGCUGCCGUAAUUUCGCUUCACAAUUUUCAUUCUUCCCUGAACAGUGGGAUGCAUUUUCGCAAACGGCCCCUACGAUGUCGCUCGAUAUCUCUGGCUCUUCGUUACGAGAUCUGUGCUCUGUUUCUUGUUGUACGGACGAUUUGCCGGCGUUCUCUUCCUUGCUUUUGCAAAGUGUAAGCGUUACCGAUUUCAGGGAACUCAUGGUUGAACAUUAUUAUGCUCCCGCGCGGGAGCCGAUUCUAGUUUCCGAUUUUUCAGUUCAGGUCACGCCGUCUAUUCCUCAUCCUGUUGCGUCGAUGUUCUGGUUCGAGCACCUUUCUUCCGACGAAUUGUCUAUGAUGAGAUCCACUUUGUUGCGAUACUUUAAUUUUGAUGCUUACCAUGCCGGGUUGCGUGCUGAAAGAACUUGUGAGGUUGCUUGUUCAGCAGAGGACUGGGGGCCGGAAGACAGUGCCUUAUACCUCUCCAAACUGCAUUCUGGUCUCGUUGCGGAAGUGGGGUUGCAGGCUCGUUGUAACAUUGGAAUUCAAGAACCUAUCACACACUCAGACUUUUUGGAAGUUCUGGAAACUUUUCGUACACUUUCCACAAACCAACAAUUUUAUACUGCCCGUCAGCGUCAUGGAUUAUUAAAAGACAAGGCGUGCUUUAAAAAGGAACAGCCGAGAUGUUUGGCGGAUAUUGGUGUACAAGUCGAAAGUCCAAUAACCAUAUCUGACUUAAAUCUUGACUCUCCAGAAUACCGAUCAGGCUCACCGGAAAGCACUGCAAAUACUUACGAAAAUUACCUCAUUCGCAAUAGGCUUGGGCAAAUUUGCGAACAGCAGUCCCAUACGGCACCACUUGUAUGUCCUGCUGCUACACAAACUGAGGCGGAGAGUUUUUUGAGGUUUUCCUCAAUACAUGAAGUUCCGUAUGAAUCCUUUGAGACUUAUGAACGCCGUCUGCUCAGAGAUGAAGUCGCUGAAACUUUCACGCAAUUGGAUUCAGAGACUGAGAUAACCGAUGAUGGGAGAUAUGACGAGAAAGAAUUGCAAGACAUAACUGAAGAAGUCACAGAACGGAAUCGUAAGCGGAUCGUUAGUAAGGUACAGAUAACUGAGGAAGUUACAGACGAUACAGAACUUGUUGUCUGUGAACUUGGAAUCCAGGCUGAUCUGCAGAAUGCUGAUGCUGAACCUUUCACGACGCUAGAUACACGGCCACCAUCACAAGCCGUGUGGACAAGAGCACGGGGAAAUCAGACCGAUCCAAUAAACCUUUCAGCUCUGAAAAGCUCGUCUGAUUUUGGAUGGGCUGAUCCGGACCUGUAUGCUGUCAUUUUAGCUGGUAUAGCUGCAAGCAGACAGAGGGAUUAUGAUAGCUGUGGUCUUUCCGGGGAUGUAGGAAUGGGCGGUACUGACAGAAGAACUGAUAUCUGGGCCACACAGGGCCGUGAGAGUCCGAAAAUAAUGAUUACUAUUGGAUGUCAGACUAGCUUAUUAGGUACAGUUGCAGGAAGGGAGCCGAUAAGGUGGACCGACGUGCCCAAACCAAGCCAAGCUCUUUUGAAAACAAGGAGGACGGACUAUGGUGAAGAAGAAAAUUUGGUGCGGCGUCUGUCAUUCACUAGCAGCCAGGAUAGCAGGGAAUCCCCAACAUCGUUGAUGAUCGUUCAGCUAAGACAACGCAUAAUACAGUACGAACUAUUUGAGGCUCGAAGCGGUUUUCCUGAAGCAAGCUGGAACAAUAUACGUGAAGUAGCUAGCCCAACAACAGGAUUGUUUGCUCCAGUUGCCACUGCUCUUCGACGGGGUUGGAUAAGCUUGGGCGACAGAAACGAAUACAUAAAUCCGGCUACAGGUGAAACAAUGUCCCUUGCUGCUGCCUACCAGCUGGGGCGUAUACGACUUGCAAGCACUCCAAUGAGUUCUCGAAGAGGCCACGAGCACGCAGUUUCUGAACUAUUACUCAUUGAACGUACCUGCUUCAACUGGCGCAAAGUCCGUCUGGUCAGCAUCGUUGAUACCGCAAGGGGUGACACAUUGGAACCAGAAGCAGCCAGAGACGUUGGUAUCCUAGAGGUCACUGGAAACGAGAUCCGAUUUUUAGAUACAAUGACUAACACAUGGCUAACUAUCGAAGAGGGCGUUGGUAGACAAAUGAUUGAAGUUGUGGAUGUUGAGACCUCAGCUGAUACAUCUUCCACAGAAGAAGAAGAACCGGCUAGCUGCCGAGUGUUCUUUUUGACGCAGCUCUGUCCGGGUGGAGAACCCAGUGCAUGGAUGUCUCCAAUGGAAGCCGAGCGGUUUGGUUUGUUCAACUGGGAAACAGGGGAUGUUGCUGCGGAUUGGCCAGCAAGACCAUUGCUAAGCGAUUCUGAUCCAACUGGGCAAUGGCCUCUCAGUGCUUUCAUUCCCACCAAAUGGUGCUCCUUCUUGACUGCAAGACAUGCAGGCUGGCUCAGACUUGUCGAAGAACCAGACCCCAGCAAAUGGAUUAUCACACAUUCUGUACCUUAUCAGGAACCAAAUGCUGUUCUUUUGUCUACCCAGGUCAAUCUUGUUGCCUAUACAUCAGCGCAAACAACCGAGACAACAGAAGAUGUGCAACAAAGGUUACUAGCUUUGAAUCAAGCUCGGUCAGAGGAGGUUUAUCCUCAACAACCGCCGAAUUCAGAGGCUUUCGCAACAUUAGACUUUUCACCGCAGCUACCUGAAACGGAAAGAAGUAGGUCUUACAACCAAGUUGAAAUAGAAGAGACGUCCAAUGCAACAUACACAGUUCACCGCCGACAAAUCCACAGACGUCCCUAUGCAACCAGCCGACAGCGAUAUCAUUCAGGUGGGAAUCCGCCGUCUUCUGACUCUAUUUCUCCUAAACAAUUGCAAAGGGGAUAGUAGCAAUCUGCAUAUAUCUUGUUAACUGUAUUAUCGCUAUGAGCACAUGAAAACCGAAGACUCCAGGGAAUUAAUAGCACAAUGUACUUUUACUUUGUGCAUGAUGGCAUGCGAUGAACUUUGCCUUUUAAGUGUAUGAACCUUUUGUAUUUCUCAAGUGUUUCGUCAAGCUUUUCUCCAAGGUUCAUACAAUGUUACUAUGCGGAAUAAAGCUUUUCC